AUGGCCUCCCAAAACGACACCAAUGUCACCUUCGUCCUCUAUCGAUACACUCCGUCGAUACCAGCUGCUGCCAUUUUCACUGCUGUUUUCAUCAUUUUGGCCAUAGUCCACACCUAUAUGGCUUUCAGGUACCGGUCUAAAUAUUUCAUUCCCUUCAUUAUUGGGUUACUUUUCGAAGCAGCCGGCUACAUCGCCCGAAUCUUUUCCCACAAUGACCCCCUCGCUCUCGGUCCCUACAUCGUCCAGACCAUGCUCAUCCUCGUCGCUCCUCCACUCUUCGCUGCCUCCAUCUACAUGACCCUAGGCAGAUUGAUUCUCUACCUCGACGCCGAAUCUGCCUCUCUCCUUCGCGUGAAAUAUAUCGCUAAGAUAUUCGUCGUCGGGGAUAUUAUCUCCUUUCUCUUGCAAUGCGGAGGUGGUGGCUACAUGUCCGCCGGCAGCCUCUCCGCCAUGGAAGACGGCGCGCACAUCGUCAUAGGCGGUCUAGCCGUGCAACUUCUCUUCUUCGGAUUUUUCAUCAUCGCUAGCGCUAUUUUCCAUUAUCGCGUUAAGAAGAAUCCGCAAUACUACACCACUAGACAAGUGGCAUCCUCCUCCCGUCGCGACUCGUGGGAAUGCAUGCUGUGGUGUAUUUACGGGGCGUGCGUACUCAUUCUCAUUCGGUCGAUAUAUCGUGUCGUUGAGUUUGUGGAGGGGAAUGAUGGAUUCGUUAUGCAUUUGGAAUAUCUGUUGUAUAUCUUUGAUGCCGUGUUGAUGGCGCUGCAGGCGAUGUUGUUGUUGAUUGGGUAUCCGGGACGGGUGCUGGGAGGGGUGAAACGGAGGGAUGUGGGUGUGCCUUUGGAGGAUAGGGCGGAUUCAGAGGAGAGGUUUUUGAGAGGUGGGAAGGUGGCUGUUUAG